UCCAUGCACUUUUUCACUUUGUUCAUCAAACGAUCGCUAUAGUUUUUUCACGAUGGUAUACCAAGUCAUCGCUUUUCCAAACUUUGUACACAUCAAACUGUAAAACGCCACAUCUAUAGGCCAGUUUCUUAUUAUAAAUAACCUUGUAUCGAAAGUUGUGGUUUUGACACUUCAAAAGGAAAUCAAUACUUUUCAUGUUGAACUUUUUAUCAUGUCUGUACACCCACACGGCACACGAGGACAAUAAUAGAUUUGGGGGCUGACCCUAAGCUCAGCAGACCAAGCAACGACUAUAAACAGGCUACCUAGCAACCUCCUUCUGUCACCGCUUCAUCGCACCGGAGACACAGCUUUCAGAAUGUGUCCAUGCACACACAGCGCAGACGACCGCUAUAUGCUAACAUUGGUUUGUACGCGGAGUAUACAUCGUUUACUCCCGAUACACCUGUACAGCCUUGGUAAUUGGUUUCUUCAUUGAUUUUAGUCGGUUUUUUAUAGUUGUUGGAAAGUUGGAGAAGUGUGACACGCUAUAUUUUAUUUUAUUCAUGUAAUCCGGAGAAGUUUCACCAUGUCUUCUAAAGGUACCGAGCAGGAUAUAUAUCACCUUGCUCAUGCAGGAUAUGCACAAAAACUGAAUGAAUAUUUGUCGAAAACUGCGAAUAAAGUAAACAUCAACGAAUUCUCGAAGGAUGGAGCUACACCUCUGAUUUUGAGCGUACAGGGGUCUCGAGUCGACCCCGCAGCUCAGGGGACGAGCCACAUCGAGUGUUGUGAACUUCUCGUAAGUCAUGGGGCUAAUCCUAAUUUAUCGGAUAAAUUAGGAAGGACUGCGCUUCAUUGGGCCGUAUUCUACAAGAAGUCAGAGUUUGUCAAAGUUUUAUUGAAAGGAGAAGGUGAUGUCACUAAAGAAGACAAAAAGGGACAGAAUGUCAUGCAGUUUGCAAUAAGAAUGAAUGCCGCAAGGUGUUUGCAACUUAUUUGUGAAACUUUGAAAGAUGCUUCAGCUGCAAAGAUUUUAUCAAAGCCAAGUGCAUCUGUUGGUACCCCACUCAUCCAAGCCACCAAGCUAGGUCAUCAGGAAUGUUGUCAGAUCUUACUACAGGCUGGAGCUAAUAUAGACAUUCAGGAUCAGGCUUACUUUGAUAAGACAGCUCUCCUUAUUGCUACUGAACUCAACAAUGCAGACAUUGUAGAAAUGCUCAUCAAAUAUGAUGCCAAUAUCCAAGCUGAAGAUUCGCAGGGAAACACUUGCCUGCACCUGUCCUGUUCCCUUACCAACCCCAGAUGUCUGGAGCUAAUCCUGGAGGGGUGUAAGAAGGCUACCGACCUGGUAGGAAAGAGGAACAAGGCGGGGCUGACACCACUCAUGAUAGCUUGUCAGCAAGGUCUGGAGAAACAUGUGGAAUUUCUUCUCAAAUAUGAAUCACCGGUUGGAGAACAGGAUGAGCAAGGCAAGACUGCUCUACACUACGCUACCGAGAAAGGUCUAAGGUCAUCGGCAGAGCUCCUUCUAGCAGCAGACUCUGGUCUUCCAUGGACCCAGGACUCAGAAGGUCGUACGCCACUUCAUCUGGCUGUCAUUGAGGGCAAGAAGGACCUUGUGGAGUUCUUGAUUGGAAAAAGUGGUGUGAAUGCACAGGAUAAUCAGGGGCACACUCCCAUCCAUUGGGCUGUGGUUUGUGGUGUCCAUGACCUGAUUGAUACCCUGGUCGAUCAUGGAGCCGAUCCAUCCCUGAUCGAUGACCACGGUGCUAGCCCCAUACAUUAUGCUGCUCAGAUGUGCGGUGAUCCAGCCGUGUCAGAGAUUGGUAUUCUAUGUCUUAAGGCCUUAAUCAAGCGAGGGGCCAAGGUGAAUGCCAUAGAUACGGGUCAUAAGACCCCUCUCCUAUGGGCAUCUAGUGCAGGGAGUAGUGAGGCAUGUAAGCUACUCAAGGAAGCUGGAGCUGAUGUUACAUUGGCUGAUCUAGAUGGACUUACAGCUCUUCACUGUGCAGUGACGUGUGACCAUCCAACCUGUGUAGAAACACUCCUUAAAGAAUGUGAUGCAGUUGUAGACACACCAGAUAAGAAUGGCUGCACACCCCUCUUCUAUGCAGCUUCCAUGGACCAUGUUGGUAAUGUCCAAACAUUACUGGAGAGCGGGGCUUCCCCUAACUACACUGAUAAUAAGGGAAAGAGGUAAGCUGGUAACUUUUCAUGUCUUAUCUGUGGUGUGCUCAAAGAAUUAUACUGAAUUAUAAAAUAGCUCUAAGAGCUGACCGGUUAAUGUAAAACCAGUCACUCAAUUUGUUUGGAAAGGUUUUCAAACUGUUCCUAUUCAUGUUAAUUAUGUGAAUCAUAUGUAUAUCUUUUUCAAAUCCUUGCUUCAUACCAUUUUCCCUCUUGAUCUGUCAUCCUCCUCUUCCUUCUCUUCCUCCUCCUC